GGGGGAGGCACGUGCAGGGAUUCACGUGUCUGCAUGCGAGUGAUGAACAGAGGAUCACAAGAGAAUAACUUACACACAGUGAAGGAACUUGAGCAAGGCAUAGCUCUUAGAGAGGUAACACGGUGGCAGAGCGGACAGAAGCUUGAUGUGCUGUGAGACCUUAUAACUCGUAGAAAAUAGGAGCACACAUAUAUACCUAUAUAAUGAACAAAGCAAUGGUCGUAUACAGAACUGCUGGCAUCUGAUUGUGAAACACAGAACAAUAUUUGACUGUAAUAGCUGAGCUGCAUAUAUUUGCGGUUACGAAUAGAAAACACUAUAAGGGUUCGAAGUACCCAUAUACUGAAAUUGCCUCUUAUUUCUGUCAUGGCAGAUACAGACUCCUCUGAUUUUCUGUCAUCGUGUGAUUCAUUUUACUCUCUUGGUGGUAGCAGCACACCCAGUGACAACCAGGAAAAUGCCAGCUAUGAUGAUUUUGAUGCCUUACACUCAGGUUUGGAUGAGGCACACAGUACAGGAGAAGUGUAUGGGAACAACAACUUGCUCCCUAAUUCCCACCUGAGUAGUACAGACCACCCGGCAUUAAUACGUUUGGAGAAUGAAUAUCAAGCACGAAAGUCAUAUUUCCAGCAAAGACCUAGUCAGUAUUGUAAAUAUCUACAAGAAAUGGGUAUGAUCUCCUGUCCCAGCCAGAGUAAACUCACAGGCAGGGGCUCACAUCUUGAUAACAAAAAGGACUCAGAUGGAGUUAAAAAAGAAGUGUCCCAUGGGCUUAAAAGGCAGCGAAAGCAAGAGGCGGAUUUACCUACUGUUUGGUGGGCACAGAGAUCAGAACUUAACCUGCCUAAGUCUGAAGGAGACCGCAUAUUUGCACAGAAGUGUCAAGAACUUCAAGGUUUCAUCAAACCACUAACUGAUCUUUUAAAUGGCCUGAAGAAAGGGCGUUACGACAAAGGAUUAAGCGGCUUUCAGCAAAGUGUUGCAAUGGAUCGGAUUCAAAGAAUAAUUGGUGUCUUGCAGAAGCCAGAAAUGGGUGAACGUUACUUGGUUACUCUGCUACAAGUCGAGAUGAUGCUAAAGAUUUGGUUCCCUAGUGUUACCAGCACCUUCCCCUCACCUUCGUCUUCAGACUAUGAUAUGGAAGAGCCCCAGUACAAAAUAGCCAAGCAUCCUAACAACAACAUUACAGAGGCAAGGAGCUGCUCACAAAAUCAGUUGCUUUCCAUGGGAGGUUAUUUAGCAAUGAAGCCAUUAGAGACCCUUUCUUCUGAGGUGGAGCUUGAAACCAACUGUAGCUGUUGCAAUGAAAGAAUGCAGUUCUUGACUCAGUGGUCACCAAUGAGUUUGACAUGGAUGCACACCUCCCCUAUUUGCAACCCUCCCUUAAGCCAGGCUGAUCUGCAUCACAUUAGCAGUGCAAUAGGACAGGACAUCUUCGGACCUAACACUAACAGCUGUGGUGUCAUCCUCUUAGUACCAAACAAUAUGGCUUCUUCAACCACGCAACUACGUCCUGCCUCUGCAAAACUAGAGACCAUGCUUACACCAGAUGUCACUCAUAGUUGUAGCGGGGAAGCAAUAAAAGUAAAAGAACCUCCACGAUGCCAUAGUGCACCAGCUUUUUUGCCAUUCAGUUCCCAAAGUAGCAUGGCGGAAACUGGAAAUCACUCAUGCUCAUUUCUUAACCUUCCAACAUGCACACAGAGAAGUGCAGAUGAGAACACGUAAAUGUCGCUUGACACUAGCAGAUCUCUUAAGACUCCGUCUUUUUUUUUUAAAAUUUGACUCAUUCCUUUCUGUGUUGAAAACAAGAUAACACUGUUUUAUAAUAAAAGGAAUGGGGGGAGAGAGUAGAAAGUUUGGACAAUCUUUAUUUCUACUUCAGACCUGUCUCAUCGAUGCUCAAAGCAUGUCCCCCAAAAGUGUGGAAUUUAAAACAGAAGUUGUUUUUCGGAGCAGCAUCAGAGUGGAGAGCUUGUGUUUUAAAAAAAUAAAUGCACGCAUGUGGAAACAAGUAAAAAGAAAUAUUGUGUACUCUCAUCUACAUAUAUCACCUAUUCAGUCCUCUUAUAACAAAUGCCAAUUUUGUUUUUCAUGCUUUCUAUCAGUUGCAGUCAGAUGAGCAUCUGCAGCCUUAUACAAUGUUGGUGUCAUGCAAUAGAGCUGGCAACCAAAGAUUUUCAGAGAACUGCUGAACUGUUUUUAAGGAUGGCCUAUUAAUUGCAAGAACGAUGGUCUACCUGAAUUGGAAGAAGAAGAAAAAGAUUGAGACAUUAUUUUUUUUAAUCUAUUUGAGACAUUUUUUUUUUUUUAAUGUUUUUUGUUGCAAGAUGUCAUUUAAAUAUUAUUAUAAUAUAAAUUGAUGCAUUUAUAAGCACUAUUUAUUUGCCAUUCUGAGGUUGGCAACAGUACAUAAGUGAAAACAAAUAUAUUUAUGGAGAUCAAGUGCUUGUCGUAGCUGUACAAUUUAAGUCACAAGUAAUUUCAGUCUUAAAAGUGACUAUUGCAAGAGGUCUGCAAAAAAUAUUAAUUAAAGGUCAUUUCAUUUUAAUAUUUUAAGAGUUGGUUAGUAAAUUCUAGUAUAAUAUAUUAUUGCUUGAAUGUAAAAUAAUGCCAAGGAUCAAACAGAUUGAGACUAUUCUGACCAAGUAGCUCUGAUCUGUGGUUAUUUGCAAUAUUUGGUUUGAAUUGUGAAAUUGUCUCACUAUGCACUGAGAAUCCCUAUGCAUUAAUGCAAAAUCCAGUAUAAUGUGGACUUUAUCCUUAGCAGACUAAAUAUGGUACCAUAACAAUGUGACAAGUCAUUUCUAUUUCUGAGAAAUAAAAAAAAAUGAAAUAUUCACGUGUGAUCUAGUCAAAGGCAAAUUUGUAUGUUAUUGUUAAAUAUGUUAAUUUUGUUACAAAUAAAUUGUAUGUUGUACUUUUA